ACAGAGAAUCCUAAAAACUACAGACCUAUUACUUGCCUGCCAACUAUGUACAAGGUCCUGACCUCCAUCAUUACAGAAAGGACCUAAAUUUUUCUCGAAAGCAACAACCUGCUCCCCAAAGAGCAAAAAGGAUGCCGCCGCAGAAGCUAUGGUUGCAAAAACCAGCUCCUCAUCAACAAAGCCAUCCUUGAGGAGAUGAGAUUUAAGCGCCGCAACCUCUCCACGACCUGGAUCGACUACAAGAAGGCCUUUGACAGUGUGCCCCACACCUGGAUCAUCAAGGGCCUCGAACUCUACAAGAUCUACCCCACUAUCACCCUAUCACUCUCUGUCACCCCUAGUCUUCUGUCUUGCUCUUGCUCCUCUAAGCUCCCUCCUGAACAAGAGUGGCUAUGGCUACAACACCCCCCAUGGGAGGAUCAGCCACAUCUUCUACAUGGAUGACUUGAAGACCUAUGCGAAAAAUGACGACAAGCAAACGGGCCUGCUGAGAACCAUCAAAUCUUUCAGUGACGACAUAGACAAGGAGUUCGGAUUUGACAAGUGCGCCAAGGCCACCUUCAAGAGAGGGCGACUUGCCGACUUCAGUAACAUCGAACUCGAUGUCAACACCGUCAUCCAGGACCUAGAACAGGAAGGUACCUAUAAGUACCUCGGAGUGAGCGAGGGAGACGGAAUCCAGCGCUCUCAGAUGAAAGAGAAGAUCCGGAAAGAAUACUAUCGCAGGAUCCGGAUGGUACUAAAGUCUGAGCUGAACUCUGCAAACAAACUGGAAGCCAUUAACACCUUGGCAGUACCCGUGGUAACCUACAGUUUUAACAUCAUAAACUGGACGCUACAAGAGCUGGCCAAACUUGAUACAAAGACUAGGAAGUUCCUGACAAUGUAUAAAAUGCACCACCCUCAAUCUGACGUGGACAGGCUGUACCUGCCCAGAAUCGAAGGAGGUAGAGGGCUUAUAAAACUGGAGCUUUCCUACAAGACGACCACUAUCGGUCUUGAUAAAUACCUCCAGGAGAUGCAGGACACCCUUCUCCACUUUGUGAAAGACCAUGACGACAAGAGAUCCUUGUACUCCACCAGCAGACAGUCAACGAAGUUUAGUCGGGAACUGGAAGUGCCUGCAACACCACCUGCAGAGGAUGAGGCGAGCACCACCUAUGCCCGCAAAAGAAAGGCCAAGGCAAAACACCAGGGUCGCCAACAGCUCAGGUCCAAGUGGGAAUCAAAAGCGCUCCACGGCAAAUACCCACAGCGGGUGAAACAGGCUGAUGUGGACCAAGACAAGACCCACAGAUGGCUAAAAGCAGCCGGCCUCAAGGCAGAAACUGAGGGCUUUAUCAUCGCAGCCCAAGAUCAAAGCCUCUCAACACGCUGGUACCAACAUAACAUUCUCAAGAAGCCUGACGUGGACCCAAAAUGCAGACUGUGUGGCCGUUUUGAUGAAACCAUUGACCACCUGGUCUCUGGCUGCCCUGAACUGGCUAAAACUGAAUACAUUCGCCGCCACAACAAGGCAGCUGCACACAUGCACUGGAAGAUCUGCAAAGAGUUCGGUAUUGAGGUGAAGGAUCGAUGGUAUGAACAUGAACCCACGACUGUCACCGAGAAAAACAAUAUCACCAUUUUGUGGGACAUGCCCAUCCACACUGACAGAACCAUCACAGCUAAUAGGCCGGACAUUGUGCUAAAGAACAAGAAGGACAAAACUUGCCUUCUCAUUGACAUGACCGCACCCCUCGACGCCAACACCUCAGUCAAAACCACGGAAAAGUUUAACAAAUACAAAGAUUUGGAAAUCGAGAUAGAGAGAAUGUGGGGGCUCAAAACAACAACAGUCCUGGUGGUUAUAGGAGCCCUCGGUAUUAUCAAGAAGGGCAUGGAAAGCUACAUCAACAAAAUCCCUGGCAACAUCAACAUACAUGAACUCCAGCAAAUAACUCUACUUUCUACUGCCCACCUUCUCAGGCGGGCCCUCUCCAUCAGGUAGAAACCCUCUUUGCCUCCCAAAGUAAAUCAAAAGUGGAGUCUUGAGAAAGAUGUGUUACAUAUGUAUCAUUGCUUCAUUGAUGUAAACCCGCAUAAACUAACUAACAUUGAAAACAGAGAAUACUUAACACCCUCACCCAUAAUUUUAGCUUUGUAAUUGUAUGAGCAUGAUAUGUUUACUGACUUAAACAUAUGUUUGACCUUUCUCUGGUAUUUAUUGCAGAUAAGCUGUAUCCCCAAUUUGUUACAAAAAUUUUGAGUAAAACUAUACGGUUUAUCUGCCAGAGUUUAUGGUAAUUGUUUCAUUAAAAGCGUCCCCAAAAUGUAGAAAAA